AUGGUUAAGGGAUCUACUCUUUUGCUCCUUGGAGCUUCUGCCAGCGUCCAUGCUUGCAGUGCUCCCAAAGCUAAUGAAGAUACCGUCAAGUUCAUCUCCGGCUUUGAAGGCUGGUCCGACCACGUCUACCGGGACCCUGGACCUCAGCACCUUGAGACUCUCGGAUAUGGUCAUCUUUGCAAGAAGCCUAACUGCGCAGAGGUCAAGUAUCCCUUCCCUCCUCUGUCCAAGGCUGAUGGCUUGAAGCUUCUCAGCGAUGACAUGUCGGUUGCCGAGAACUGCAUCUACAAAGAUGUAAACCCCAAGGUUGCUCUCAACGCGAAUCAGUAUGGCGCUCUUGUCAGCUGGGCAUUCAACGUCGGCUGCGGCAACGUCGCGUCUUCCAGGCUUAUCAGACGCCUCAACGCGGGCGAGGACCCCAACACCGUCGCUGCCCAGGAACUUCCUCAAUGGAACAAGGCCGGUGGAAAGGUUCUACCUGGGCUCACCCGUCGCCGCAACGCCGAGGUUGAGCUUUUCAAGACUCCUACCAAUGACCCUGCCCUUCCUGCUUGUGUCAACCCUCCUCCUCCUUCUCACACUUUUGAAUCUGAGACUCCCACUCCCACUCACCACUCUACUGACUCUGAGACUGCCACUCCUACUCACCACGCUACUUCGUCUACCUCCAAGCCUACCAAGACCAGUAGCCAGGAAAGCUCAGAGACUGAGACUGUGUCUACCCACUCUCACCACACCAACCACACCAAAACCAUGACUCACACUCGAACAUCCGUCCCCUCUACUCUGUCUACUAUCAAGAGUACUAGCCCAUGGGGUAACUCUACUACUGUGGCUCCAACGAGCACUGUUGGCUGGACUACUUCCGUUGUCUACACCACCGAGAUUCACACCAUUACGCAGUGUGCUUCCACUGUAACCGACUGCCCUGCUCGGCCUCACACUACCACAAAGACCAUCCCACUAUACACGACAGUCUGCCCUGUCACCGAGACUGAAGUUCCCACAAAGAUUUCCGCUGCGCAGCCCAGCGUUCAUCCCAGCGUCCAGUCCAGCGUCCAGUCCAGCGUCCAGCCCAGCGUCCAGUCCAGCGUCCAGUCCAGCGUUAAGUCCAGCAUUCGGUCCAGUGUUCAGUCCAGUGUUCAGUCCAGCGUUCAUCCCAGCGUCCAGUCCAGCGUCCAGUCCAGCGUUCAGUCCAGCAUUCGGUCCAGUGUUCAGUCCAGCGUUCGGUCUACCGGUCAGUCUACCAGUCAGCCUACCAGUCAGCCUACUGCGACCAUCGUGCCUAUUCUCUCCACUGGCACUGGCUCUUCGCCUUCAGACACAAACACCUGGACUGCGCCCUCGCAGACGUGCAACGGUAAUUGCACCCAUCCGGCUCCUACCAGCCCCCCUCCCGUCAGCUCGGGCUCCAAGGCUGGUGUCAGCGUUAUCGUCCUGUUGGGGGCUAUCACUGCCUUGGUUCUAUAA